AAAGCGAAAAACGGGUUCAGAUGACGAAAAAUAUGGUAAAGGAGGCAGUGCCAUCGAUACAAGAAAAAAUAGGGUAAAGGUGCCAGCACCGCAAAGCGACACAGGCUUUCCGAACAUGUUAUGGAAUUGAUUUCGACAGAGGAGUAUAGGGGUGCACACUAGCAAAAAUUCCCGUCAUGAUUAUCACUAUCAGAUA